AUGGUGGACUCAUCGCCAUAUCCCAUGAUAAGAGAGUCAGCGGCGGCGGCCAUAGCCAAGUUGGUGGCGAGCCAUCCGGGCAACAGAGCGCAGGUAAUAAGAGGCGGCGGCGUCCAAGCCAUGGUGACCAUGGCUCGCUGGGCCACCACGCUGCCGCAGGACGCCGCGUCCGCUUCCGAGCCGAACGGCAGAGCGAACAUCCAAGCCGCGGCGCUGGCGGCGGUGCUGAACCUGGGCAACCUGCAAGAGCGGCACAGCAACCAGCUGGGCCUGCACGCCGGGCUGCCCUUGUCACUCCGCAUGCUGGAGAGCGACGACCCUCGCGACGCCGCGGCCAGUGCCGCGGCGCUGCACACGCUCCGCGCCUCGCUCGCCUCCGCUGCGGAUUGCAUGCGCGCUGCUGCUCGGCCCUGGCUGCACGCUGCCCCCGGCAGCGUCUCCUCCCACAUGCUCUCUGCGCUCCUGUGCCUCGCCCGCAGCACCUCUAGGUGCUGUCGAGCCGCUGCCAUUGAUGCGCUGAUUGGGCUGAAGCACCCCGUGGGUGGUGCUUCGAUGGGUUCCUCCCGGGUGGAUACAGAGGAAGCUGCUCUUCGAGACUGCGAUUCUGCGGAGACUGCUCGGCUUGACGGUGUCUACAUUCUCUCUACUAUGUUGGGUUCGUGUCCCAGUUUUGCGCGAGAGAAUGUUACUUCCGCGUUUGCGUAUGCCAUGGCAAGUGACAAACUCAGUGUUUGUGUCGUGGAUGAAGAACUUAUAAUUCAGAAGCUUAUGAUGAUCUUGGAGGAAGGACCGACCAUCGCCACACGAGUGUCGGCAGCAGCCUCGAUAGCGACCAUCGGAGCUCGGAAGAAAAGGCUCAACGCCCUUUCGAAAGAGAACAUUCUGUUGCUGGUGAAAAUUCUGGUUUCAAAUGAAUCGAAAAUCAACCAGUGGGAAAUGCAUUUAUUUGAUGAUCCAAACAAAACUAACAACAGUCGGGAUAAUUUCUCGUUGCCGCAUGUUCUGCUUCGUGAACACAUCAUCGCCAUCGUCGUUUAUAUCGCUCUCUCAGGAGAUUAUAGAAAACAACUUCUCAUUGAUGUUGGAAUGGCACCUAUUUUGGUUGGAGUCCUGCGAAAAUGUCUAUUUGAGUCACACACGCAAGGAUCGUGGCAAUAUAUGCAAUUGACUUCGGACAAUAAUAGAAGAAUGUGUGGGGUUCCUCCAUACCUUCAUGUCACACAAGAAUUCGCGACAAUGGGACUUAUCAUGUUGGCGGAUAAGAGCAUUGAAACAACUGAGAAAAUUGUGGAAUCUGGCGGUGUUUUUCUUUUGGUGAAAAUGUUGUCGGCUACGACGGGAUGCCAAGAAAAACUUGGUGCUAAUUGGAGCGAGAUGGCCGCUGCAGCGCUACUGACAAUGGCAGGAAGCCAAAAUGCCCGGGAAGAAAUAGUCCGUGUUGGUGGUGUCUCUUCUCUUGUUCAAGUGCUCAAAGGUGAAGGCGGAGCAUGUGGGUUUUCAUUUACAGGCUUGGCAGCAAUGGCACAGCUCAUAGGAGUACUGGGACUCAACAAUGAAGAAACCAAAGCUCGCAUGGCUGAAGAAGGAGCGGUAAAAUGUUUAGUCGAAAUCUUAACGGGAGGAAGCAAGUGUUACCUUCAACCAUCCACAGUCACCAACAACGAACACAACCUAGAAUACGUAGCUCUCACCCAAGAAGCAGCAGCAGCUGCACUUGCAACGGUAGUUCUACACUGUCAACCCAACGCUGAGGCAGCGGUCCAAGCUGGCGCCAUCGAGCCCCUGGUGAAGCUACUGGGACCACCAAUCGCUUCAUGCGACCACCCGACAUUCAACUCUGAAACUCACGCGCUUCUACCUUCAACAUACAAAGCCAUGAGAAGCAAAAUCAGCCUCGCAGGAAACAAACUGGCAGCAGCGAACGGCGCCGCGAAACUGGCAUCGGAACUGGGCGACUCAACCAUGAACACCAGCGAGGAUAACUUUGCCACUAGGGCUAGCAUUGGAGGACCCUUGGCAGCCAUGGCGGCAUUGGGCAACAUGGUUUCGUGCUAUCCUCCGUGUUGGCGAGAGAUCGUGGAUACCGGAGCGGCGCCGAGGCUCGCAAAUCUGCUCAGUGGCGGUAGCUCUGAACUGAACACGGGACUAUCGCAGGCUGAGGCUGAUUCGCAUGAGACUUGUGCGACCAAAACUCAAGAGAGCGCGGCUCUUGUUCUGGAUCUGCUUAUAGAUUGUGAGGAAAUUCAUCGCUCGGCGUAA